AUGCCGUCAUUGAACAUGACACUGCCAGAAAAAUCCAUUAAGUUGGAAAGACCGACAUGGGUCAAUACUCUGCAACUUGCAGAUCCGAACUUUGAAAAUUCAAUGAAUAUCGAUGCAAUACUAGGGGCCGAUGUGUAUGAGCACAUCGUUGAGCCCGAAAUUAAAAAAGGAGAAGUUCUUCUUGCCCAGAAAACCAAGCUGGGCUGGGUUUUAUUGGGAAAAAUUCCAAUAAUAACAAAUAACUUGAUCAAGGCAUCAGCUAACAUAACAACUGCAGAAUUUCAACAAAAAAUGCAACGAUUCUUUGAUAUGAAUGAGAAAGAAACAGAACAGCCUGAUCAAAAAGAAAUCUCAGAAAUAAUCUAUCAAUCCACAACCGUCCGUGAACCAAGCGGAAGAUACUUGGUAGCACUCCCCUUUAAAGAUGAUAACAAAAUUCCACCACUGGGGAACUCUCAGAACAAGGCAUUGAUUAUCUACAAACAACUUGAAAAACGCUUGAAUCGAGAUCCAAAGCUGAAAAAAGCAUACAAUGAGGUACUACAAGAAUAUUUAGAUUUAGGCCACAUGAAAGAGGUACCACCAUAUGUGGGGGAUGAUAGAAACGUUUUUUACCUCCCACACCAUGCGGUGGUAAAGGCCGAAAGUAAAACGACAAAAGUCAGAGUGGUUUUCAAUGCCUCUGCAAAAACUACUUCUGGGUCCAACCUCAAUGAUCAUUUAUAUACUGGAUAUACACUACAAGACACUUUGGCUCAGAUAAUUUUAAAGUGGAGAAUGUUCUUAUAUGCCUAUAUUGCCGAUAUAGAAAAACAAUUUCGUAUGGUUGGCCUACUUCCCGAAUAUUAUAACUUCCAACGGCUCUUUUGGAAGCCAGAUGAAUUCGGCCCAAUCCGUGAGUACAUAAUAAUGGUCCUCAUAUUCGGAAAUACUUCCUCAUCGUUCCUAACGAUUAGAUCGAUGCUUCAACUUGCGAUUGACGAAGCCCAUAGGUUCCCAUUAGCAGCAAAACGUUUAAAAGAAAACUGCUAUGUAGAUAAUGUCAUGACAGGCGCAGGAACAAAAGAAGAGGCAAUGAAAUUGCAAGAAGAAAUGCUAGCCUUGUUAAAAGCUGGUGGUUUCAACCUUCGUCAGUGGGCAACGAACGAUAAGGAGUUAUUAGAAAACAUACCGCUUGAAUUACGGGAAGACGGUAUUUGCGAAAUAUCGAAUAAUCAGACCGUUAACACAUUGGGCAUACAGUGGUAUCCAGCAGACGAUAUUUUGAAAUUUAAGCCACUUAAAUUCAGCGAAUCCGAAAAAAUAACAAAGAAACAGCUUUUGUCCAAUAUCGCCUCAAUAUAUGAUCCAUCCCAAUGGCUAGCCCCAUUUACAAUAAGAGCGAAAAUUUUAAUGCAGCGAGUCUGGCAAACCGGAAUCGGCUGGGACGAGGUUCCUUCUGAUGAUAUCCUAACGGAAUGGAGGCAGAUAAAGGAUGAGCUUUCAGUUUUACCAUCGAUUUGUAUCCCACGUUGGACUGGUUACUCCAUUGAGGAUACAGUCGAAUUGCAUGGUUUCUGCGACGCAUCAGAAGUCGCAUACGCAGCGGUCGGACUACUAACCUUUUAUGGGCGAAGACUAGAGUAA